CUCUAGCAUCUGUCAGUCUCUCUUCAUUUUCCACACCAUCCUCCACCUUCUUGGGGAUUUUCUCCUUGUUCUUUUGCUUUCCUGCCCCCAGGACAGUUGUGCAUUAGGGGAGAGAGAGAGACAGAGAGACACAGAGAGAGUGUGUGUGUAAUUAUCCUGAUGGGUAGGAGUGGUGAGGUGAUGUUCCUGGGUUGAGAGCAGCUGAGAUGGAAAAGGAAGGGCCAGCUUCCUAGGUCAAGUUUCUAGAAGGUCCCCUCAUUUAUAUUCUAGAUCAGUAGUCCCCAACCUUUUUGGCACCAGGGACUGGUUUCAUAGAACAAUGUUUCCACUGACCUGAAGGGGUGGGUAUAGGAUAGGCGGAGCUCAGGUGGUGAUGCCAGUGAUGGGGAGUGGCUGUAAAUACAGAUGACGCUUUGCUUGCUCCACCCCGCCCCUGUCGACCCACCCCCCUCGCCUUCUGCCACCACUGGGCACUCACCUUCUGUGCACCACCAACCCCUUAAGUUUCAUGGAAGAUGGUUUUUCCGAGGGGGUUGGGGUGGCAGAGCUCUUCCACCUGGUCCCUAACAGGCCACGGACUGGUACUGGUCCUUGGCCCGGAGGUUGGGGACAGGAGUUCUAGAUGGUUCUGGGACUCCAGUCAGGUGGCUGUGGGAGCAGCUUCUUGGGGGGAGCAACAAGUAUAAUCAGACUCCCAACUUCCCUAGAAAAAGUGACUCUCUCCUUAACUAAAACUCAGGAUAAUAAUUCCUUUCUAGGGCACUGGGGAUUAAAUGAAGAUGACUUAUAGGAAGCAUAUGAGGUUUAUGGAUGUUAAUUUCUCUUAUGCUUUUCUUUUCUAUUGAUAGAUAACUCCUUUCAAACAGGGGGUGGGCAGAGAAAGUAGUCAUUUGCUAAAUUUCUUGGACCUCGUCCCAGAAGUCUAGUUACUUUUUUUCUGAUGAAUAUCCAAGUUUUGCCAUACUCUUGACUCUCCUGAUAAAGCAGGAGAAAAUGAGCUGAAAAUGCAGCUGAAAGGAUUUAGGGAAAAGCAUGGUUUCUUGAGGUUCUGGAAUGAUCAGUGAGAAGAUUCUGGUUCUCAGAGCCCUUUGCAAACCUUUGUGAGAUGUUUGAUGUGGAGUGUAGCCAGAAGACAGGAGCAUGGAACAGGGAGCUUUCAUAAUUCCCAUCCCCAACAGGUCUUGUUAAUUUUAAAUAGCCUCUGAAUUACUCUAUGACUCAGUUUCCCCAUCGGUAUCAGGAAGAUGUCUGCUGCCCAGACAGGCAGUGAGGAUUGUGCAACAAAUCUGUGUAGGUUGCAAGUAAGGUGUGGUGAUGGCUCUGAGUGUUCUGGUUCACUAUGAUCACCCCUUCCAGCAUCUGGAACUUCCUUAUUUACUGUGACUGGGGCUCCUCCAGGAGUCAUGGCCUUUUAGUCCCACAAAAGCUAGGUCUAGAGUUCUUAGGAGCACGACAACUGUCUCCCCCAACCCAGCACCGCUUGCUGCUAAUUCUUUGCAGGAGUGGCAGACACUGGCCCCAAACCCUUUUGCCACCUGCCUUCUCUCUGAGGCAGCUUCCUGCAAAAGUCUUUCCCUCCUUCCCUUUACAUUUACUCAUUCAUGGGUGUCUGUGAGAAGCCAAGGCAAUUUAUUGCUAUUUUUUCUCUCUUCCCCAGUCUGCAGACACAGCAGUGAGCUAGCAGCUCUGCUUGUAGCUUGUUCAGAAGCAUUGACCUGGCCCAACAGGGAGGACAGCUGAGGAGGAGGGGAGGGCGUUAAUCACCUGGUUGCUUUCCACUGCCACUGAAUGACCUUUAGGCUGCUGGUACAACCAGUCCCCUACACUAGACUAGGGACAGUCUCCUGAGUCAGCGCUUCCUAUUUGGGAAGAGGGACUCUCCUAGGACGCAGUGCUGGAGACAGAACUCUCUGCUUUUGCCCAGGUUUGUAAUUAUUUCUGAAAUAUCAGGAAGUCUCAGCUCAGAGAUGGACUUUGCUCUCUACUUUACCAUCAGGCGAAGAGGCUUUGGGUCCAUAUUAUUUCCAGGACUCUCUCUUGCUUGAAGAAUUAAUCUGUUUGGAUAAUUAUUCAUUUUAAUUAGAGGAGGGCAGUGGCAUCCUAGUUGCAGGGAGAGUUUGGUCCUGUGCUCUCGGUUGGCGUCCUGAAGUCCUGGAAGUUCUGGAAUGCAGCAAAUGGCCUUGCAAGGGUUUUCAGCUGCUGUUGACCAAGUUGAAAAGUGAAGUUCAGCAGCCAACAUUGUAGGGGUACAAGAUCCUUGUCCUGAGACUGCAUGGAAACUGCUCUCCCCUCUUUGGAAUACAGCGUGUGGCUUGGCUUCAUAGAGUUGUGGCUGGAGACUGAAGCAGCAGGCUUUCUGUAGCCAGUCUGUGUUGCGGGAGAGGGGAGUCCUCUCUGCCCGGAAGGCCCAGAGAUGGAAGGACGAGUGGUAGGCCGGGUGCUCAGGAUCUUCCGACACCGGCCGCCUUGGCUCCGAGCAGGACCUCCCCAGGACAAUCCGGGGGAAGCUGUAAAGGAACCGGAAAGAGCCCAGGAGUACUCCCUGCUCAACUUUGCUGGAGGCCAGCACUUCUUUGAAUACCUUGUUGUGGUUUCUCUAAAAAAAAAGCAUUUAGGGGAUGAUUAUGAGCCCACGAUCACCUACCAGUUUCCCAAGCGGGAGAACCUGCUUCGGGGCCAGCAGGAGGAGGAGGAGAGGCUGCUUAAAGCCAUCCCCUUGUUCUGCUUCCCAGAUGGGAAUGAGUGGGUGCCACUCACCGAGUACCCCAGGGAGACCUUCUCCUUCGUUCUGACCAAUGUGGAUGGGAGCAGAAAGAUUGGAUACUGCAGGCGCCUCUUGCCCGCCGGCCCUGGCCCUCGCCUUCCCAAAGUGUACUGCAUCAUCAGCUGCAUCGGCUGCUUCGGCUUGUUCUCCAAGAUCCUGGAUGAAGUGGAGAAGAGGCAUCAGAUCUCCAUGGCUGUCAUCUACCCGUUCAUGCAGGGCCUCCGAGAGGCGGCCUUCCCUGCUCCUGGGAAGACUGUCACCCUUAAGAGCUUCAUCCCGGACUCGGGCACUGAGUUCAUUUCACUGACACGGCCCCUGGACUCCCACCUAGAACACGUGGAUUUUAGUUCUCUGUUGCGCUGUCUCAGUUUUGAACAGAUACUUCAGAUCUUUGCCUCUGCGGUGCUGGAGAGAAAAAUCAUCUUCCUGGCACAGGGUCUCAGCACCCUGUCUCAGUGCAUCCACGCUGCUGCCGCGCUGCUCUACCCCUUCAGCUGGGCACAUACCUACAUCCCUGUUGUCCCCGAGAGCCUUCUGGCCACCGUUUGCUGCCCCACUCCCUUCAUGGUUGGAGUACAAAUGCGCUUUCGGCAGGAGGUCAUGGACAGCCCCAUGGAAGAGGUCCUGCUGGUGAAUCUUUGUGAAGGAACUUUCUUAUUGUCGGUCGGCGAUGAAAAAGACAUCCUACCACCAAAGCUUCAGGAGGACAUCUUGGGCUCUCUUGGUCGGGGGAUUGAUGAGUUAAAGACUUCAGAAGAAAUCAACGAGCAUGUUUCAGGCCCCUUUGUGCAGUUCUUUGUCAAAACCGUGGGCCACUAUGCUUCCUAUAUCAAGCGGGAGGCAAAUGGGCAAGGCCACUUCCAAGAACGGUCCUUCUGUAAGGCUCUGACCUCCAAGACCAACCGCCGAUUUGUGAAGAAAUUUGUGAAGACACAGCUCUUCUCCCUCUUCAUCCAGGAAGCCGAGAAGAGCAAGAAUCCCCCUGAAGGCUAUUUCCAACAGAAAAUACUUGAAUAUGAGGAACAGAAGAAACAGAAGAAACCCAGGGAAAAGACUGUGAAAUAAGAGCUGUGUGAACAAGAGAGACUAGACCUACUGGUCAGUGCUGGACUUCAGCCCCUGCCAGAGUGGUAGGAUCAGGGAAGCUCUCAGCCCCCAGAAUCCACAGCCUCCUUCCAAGUCCACCAUCCAGGUCUUGCUUCAAACUAGUGACUGAGUUUGGUAUUCCUGGUAUCGCCUUUUUCAGGACUUUGGAGGGCUCUGACUCCAUGCUCACAGAACUGGGCCCAGAGCUGCAUUUUUUUGCGGAGGUAUCACGGAGCCGGAAACAGUAGUACAGGUGUUGUAGACGCUUGGUUAAAAGUUGUUGCCACUGCCCUGUCUUGGGGACCGCCAUUACAAAAAUCUUCAACAGAGAACAGAGUUGUGACCCAAAGGCUUAGGCCCUCCACAAAAAAAAGGUCUGUGGACAUGUGAGGAUGAGAGUAAAGAGGAAAAUCUUAUUGCUUA